CACUUUCACUUCCUUUUCAUCAAAAUGAAACCCUAAUUUCAAACACACCCCACAUGGCCUUUUUGUAAUUUACCUCUCAAGGCUUUUCAUCUUUUCUCCUUUCUUUCCCAUCUUCAUCACCUCUUCCCUAGCCAGUUCUAUUAUAUCAUAAACAAGAUCUAUUUCCCCAUCUCUUCUUCUUUUCUCUUCUUUUCAUACAAAAAAAUUCCUUUUUCUCCAUCUAAAAGACAGCCUAGGAAAAGAUCUUAGCUUCUAAAGAUAUUGUUCUCUUUACAAAAGCUUCUUCUUAGAAUCAGAAAUUUUUCACAGCUUCUUCUCAUCACUUCCAUAAUUCUUUUUCCUUUUUAUUACCACUUUUUUUUUUGUUCAGCUUUUUUCUUCAUCUACUUUUGCUUAAUUUACAAGCUAUGGAUUCUGGUAAUAGUGGAAGCAUUUCUUCAAGUGGUGAUGAAGAAUAUGAUUCAAGAACUCAUCAUCCAACACUUCUUCCUUCAAAUUUCUUCAAUCCACAUCAACCUUCUCUUCAAUUUCAUUCCAUCUCACACAAUCCACACUCUUUUCAUCUUGGAUCAAACUCAAACUCAAACUCAGUUUCUUUCUUUGAUCUUUCACCAAACUACCUUCAAAAUCUCUCUCAAUCACAACCAAACAUAGACACAGCUUCAUUUCCUCCAUCAUCUCAAGGACUUUCAUCAUCAUCAUCAUUAUCAUUUUCAUUACAACAACAACAACAACACUUAAACCAAUGUUUGUUAACAACUCCACAAGCUCUUGAACUUCAUGAUAACAACAACAACAACAUCAAUAAUAAUGCAAGAACAACAUCAACACCGUCACCGGCACCGGUAACAACCAAUAAUGCAACAAGAACUUCAAAGAAGAGAACAAGAGCUUCAAGAAGAGCACCUACAACAGUUCUAACAACCGACACUUCGAAUUUCAGAGCCAUGGUUCAAGAAUUCACAGGUAUCCCUGCACCACCUUUUUCAGGUUCUUCUUAUUCUCGUCGUCUCGAUCUUCUCACUUCAUCAUCUUCUUUAAGAUCAAGUAAUUCAUCUCAUCACUUCGAUCCAACCGCAACAACAACUUCUUUUUACCCUCUUCGCCCUUCGCCGCAAAAACUUUAUCAUCAAAAUCAUCAAAAUCCAUUGCUUUUAUCUUCAUCUUCAUCGUCACCACAUAACAACAACAUGGUUGAUGCAACUGUUAACAAUAAUUAUCAUCAACAACUACCAAUAUCUGAUUUGGGUUUACCGUAUAAUAACCAUCAUCAUCAACAACAACAACAACAUAACUUCAUGCUUAGCAUGCAAAAUCAACAACCUAUUCAUACAUUCAACAACCUUUCCGCAUCUUCUUCACAACAGUUUCAUCCUUUUAGUCUAGGAGGUUUUGUUGCAAAGUCACAACAGCAAAGUUUAUCAGUACAAUCUCUUGAAGAUCUUGGUGUGAAUCAAGGACAAGUUAAUGCACAUCUAGGUGGUGAUAAAGUGGUUGUUUCUACUUCUACAGGUGGGGGUGUAGGUAGUAAUUGUAAUGUUAACUUUUCAGGUUCUGGACCUGGAUCAAUUACAUUAAACCAUGAAAAGACAAUGGAGAAUAAUAAUAAUAAUAAUAAUAAUAAUAAUGAAAAUAGUAAUAAUAGUAAUAGAGGAGUUGAGGGUGUUGAUUCGUGGAUUUGUUCUUCUGAUUAGGAAUAUUUUGUAAGAUUGGUGAUGAGACUAAACUGGUACAGAAAACUUUGUUAUGAUUACAGAGUGGAAUAUGAUGCUGCAAUGAAUAUUAAGAUUAUUAUCA